CUCUAAGGUGCGCCUCUUGUGUCUGUCUUUGGUUUCCGCCAAAGGAUACCCAACACAACGGCCACACCAAGUGACUGAAACUACCCUUAGCUUAGCAAAGUACUCUUUGCGCCGCUCUGGCGCUCUCUGAAUGUUCUUCUGAAUAUAAUCAUGAACUGAUCCCACCAUGAAAGCGUCCAGUCUUUCUUCAGUCAUUGAAGAUUCGUUGGAGCCACUCAGUAAGAGGGCUGUGCUUGUUGGUAAUGGUAUAUUCCCAUGAAUCCAGCCUGCAAGGCCGGGAAAGCUAAUGGCUGAUUUUGAAGGGAUAAGCUGUGUAUGGCACUGGCUAGACUUGGCACACAUGGGAACAGUGUUAAAGACGCAAUGACAGAGAGAGAAGAGGCAGAGAUUUGAGUAUUUUAUAUGGUGACAUCGUGCUUUAGAUAUUUAGAUAUAGCGACAAAAACAAUGUCAACAAAGUUGAUAUGGCCGAGUUGGUCUAAGGCGCCAGAUUAAGGUUCUGGUCCGAAAGGGCGUGGGUUCAAAUCCCACUGUCAACAUUAGUUUUUAUUUCCUUGAUCCUUACACUACUAACAGUAAGUCCCUUCUGUUUACACGUGUGUGCUUAUUCUGAGUUUUGUGUUUGUCAGAUUAUUGGAUUUAAUGUUGUUAUUUUUUUACUGAAGCCGAGUUCAAUAAGCAAUUUGGUGUACCGUUUCAGUUUGCGUAGGUUGUAGGCUUGUAGCUACAUUUUAGAAGUAUACCACAAUUGUUGUGGCUUGAAAAGGAUUUAAAAUCAACUUUAUGUGAACGUAUAUACCAACCAACAAUGAGGAUUUUGUAAUAUCUACAGUUUAUCAUCAGAAGUUUUAAGAGUUGAGCUUCAAUCACAAAAAGUAUCAUCGUCUAAAUACAGGACAUUUAAACGAUAAAUAUUUUUGUCAAACUACAGAGUAACAAUCGACUGUGACUUGUAUGUUAUAACAAAUCUCAUUACUAGGAAAUCCCAAAUUAGUUCCACUAUACCAGCAUGGGGCGAGUUCGCAUUUUUCCUUUUUGUUAAGAAAACAGUUUUUAUUUGGCUACACCCCUAACAAGAGGCAAACAUAUAUUUACGGCAAAGAAAACGCUAUCUCGAAUGUUCAUAAACGCAAAAUAAAUGGUAUAUAGAAAACUCACUAUAUUUAGAUAUAUUAAAUUUACAUCAGCGUACCUUUUUUUGUAAGCUUUUUUAUUAGUUUCAUAAAUUCCAUUGUGGACUAUUUUUAGAGGUUUCUCUAUUUGUAAGAAGGUAGAGAGAGAAACAAAGAGGAAAGUAAAAAUAAAUGGAAGGGAAAGAGAAAGAGAAAGAGAAAGAAAAAGAAGAAGCGAAGAGGACAAUGAUCAUGAAGAUCAACAAACUCAAGGAGACACCUCAAGAGAUAAGCCAAGAAGACGCUAAAAGACAAGAAGCUUACAACAUGUCUCCACGUGUACGUGGUGGUAGUGGCUCGGCGGGUAUGGGAAAGUCAUCGAGCGUGAGGCUAAACUGUUUAUGCGCACCAACAACACACCCUGGCUCCUUCCGGUGCCGUUACCACCGUCGCAACUCUGCACUCGGAAUGUCACGUGGCAUAUCUGUUCCCUCUAACCUUUCCAUGUUGGGAGGAGGAGGCUCUCCUAAAUCCUAAAGUCGUCGUCUCAUGAUUUAAUAAGCUAUAUAAUGUGUUUUUUUCUCAAUUCCAAACCUUUCCGAUGUGUUUUUUUUUGUGUAUAUAGAACGUGAGACGAGGUGUGGUUUUCUUUUCUUUAUGUUCUUGCUUGUAAAGGAUUUCUUUAAAAUACCAAAAUGCAUAACAAGUAGAGGUAUCUCUGGGCAAUGCCACUCACUCUGUAAUAAAUUUAAACGUUGAGGUCAAACAAAAGAAGACAAGUUUUCUCCUACGGACGUGGUGCCGUUUUUUAAUCGGGUAAAUUUUUUGCAUAUCAUGCCGUUUUAAACUAUGAGUAGGGUUUGCUAAGUAUUGAGUUAAUUAUUAAUGUAACUAGGUAAGAAAUCCGUGCGAUAUCGCACAGAAACUCAUUUUACAAAAAAAAAAUGCAUGACAGAAACUAUUUAUAGAUUUUUAAAAUCUAUUUGAAUAGUCACAACCCUUCAAUCUGAAUAGUCACAUUCUUCUAAUAGUCACAACGACUUUCCACUUUUUAAAAUAUACUUAUGAAUAGUCACAAUUUUUAGACAAUUAUUUAUAAAAGACACAACCUUAUAACAUAUAACUUUUAGAAAAGACACAACCCUUUACACAUCUUUUUCAAAAGACACAACAUUUCAACAUAAGUGGGAUUCACAGCCUUUGAAAUUAAUUAGGAUUGCUAUUAUUAGUAGAUAUAUAACUAUUUUAAGUAUUCAAUAAUUAUCUUAGUAUGUUCUGAAUACAUAUUAGAAAUUAAGAUCGAAUUAGGUACAUGUUCUUUUCGGGGAUUCUAAAUUUUCGGCUAUUUCGAUUCGGAUAAAAAAAAUUUAUAAUCCAAAAUACUGCA